AUGGUCUUGAGCCGAAGUCCCGCUAUUUCAAAAUGGAAUACAUUACUCCUACUCAUAUGUUUCUCCCUUCUGGCUGGUGCUGCAGAUGUCAGUGGUGUGAAUGCCGACCUCAGGUCUUUUCUCACUGAUCCUGUCCGAGCUUGGGCAGCCAACACAACCAUCUCAUUUCCAAGCUCUACAGAAUUCUUCGAUGCUACAGAGCGAUGGACAAUCUUCCGCUCCCCAACCUAUCGUGCUGCCAUCAGUCCGGGAACAGAAGAAGAUGUUAUAAAGGCCGUUAAACUUGCGACAUCACUGAAGAUCCCGUUCCUUGUCACCGGACACCAUCACGAAUACACCACGACCCUUGGGAACCUUAGAAAUGGUAUUGCUAUCGAUUUGAGCCACUUCAUAUUCAUCGAAUUGGACGUAGCUGCCGAGACUGUCACCAUUGGUCCUGGCGUUACCGCAGGUGACGUCUUCGACCCUUUAUAUGAGGCAGGCUUCGAAAUUCAAACCGGCAGUGCCUCCUGUCCCGCCCUAAUCGGCGUCACGCUCGGUGGUGGUCUUGGGCGAUUCACGGGUGUUCACGGCUUGCUGUUGGACGCAUUAGUUUCCGUAAGGUUGAUAACAGCCGAUGGUAAAUUGAGGGAGGUAUUGAAGAAUAAACAUCCGGACUUGCUCUGGGCCAUCCGUGGAGCGGGUGCAAACUUUGGCGUCGUCACGUCUGCUACUUACAAAUUAAGCCCACUGAGGAACAACGGGGAUAUUCUCAACGCCGACUUCAUCUUUCCGGCCGAGAAGAGCUCCGGAUAUUUCCGUGCUCUGGAGGCCUUGGAGAGAUUCAACAGGAUAUAUUACGCGCCUGGUAGAAACCCAAACAUGAUAUGGAACAAAGGAGACAAUGUCACUGCGCAAGCCGCAAGCGCUCUCGGGCGAGAGCUCCGCGAUGACCUCCGGUUCACAUCGGGAUACUCGGAGCCCUCUGUGUUCAUCAAUUAUGCCCGUGGUGAUGAGACCUUGGAGCGGAUCUACAGCAGAGAUAAUCUACCACGCCUAGCAAGCCUGAAGAAAAAGUGGGAUCCGAAUCAUGUUUUCAGUUUCAAUAACAUAUUUCCUACGGAAUACCCUGCCAACUAA